UUCCCAUGAUGCUUAGUUUAGAAGAGGCGCUUGGCUUGUUUGGGCGCGUGAAGAAAAGCAUUUGAACAAAAAAAAUGGCGGAAAAACAUUCCGAAAAUGGACAAGACGGUUGCGGAAGUGCUGCCGUUGCUGAUACCCAAAACGAGGUGAACCCAGUGAAGCGGUCACUGAAAAGAUGCUCUUCCACAAGCCCCGGUACAGCUCCCGCUUGCAAAUCUCCCCGUUCCGACUCCCUAUCAUCCACCACACAGACGCCGGAAACAGGGGAUGCACAUUCAGAGACAGACAAACAAGAAAUGCAGACAGAAAGCGCGGAGGGACCUUUGAGUCCCUCUGUCUGCCCCAAUGCACGGAGAAAAUCCUGGAGGAGAGCUACCAUAACCCGACGCUCUCUCCCUAUCCUUCCAAACCAAUAUCAGGUUCUGUGCAGAAGCAUAAGUACAUCGUUGUCCCAGCAAGAGAGAUUCAAGGAAUUGUUGGAGGCUUCAAUGACUCUGGCAAUAGAAAGAACACAGAAUUCACUCCAGUCAGUGCCGAAUACCUCAUUGCAGUCUUUUCAAAAACAGGUUGAGCACAUGAAAGCCUGGAGUUGUCUGGCUAAAAACAUAGACAAUGAACCAAAGGGUCAUCACCUCCCUGCCAGUGCAGACAGUGAUCCUUUUGGGUUGAGUGGUAAGGAAAAAAUCCAAAAGGCAAUCAACAGGCUCCAAGCUGAAAGUGAAUCUUGGAAGGCACUGUUGAACAAACACCAGAGUAAAGCAGAGGAAUUGAAAAGGAAAGUGGAGCAGGGCCAGGAGAAAGGUGUAUCAUUAGACUCUACAUCACUGGCCCAGUCGUCGCAGUACCUUUUCAUACAAAGUAAACCCGACUACCACAGUCUCCUCUGUAGACAGCAGCCCAUGCUUCACACAGUGGCAGUGACCAUGGACACUCAGUGUAAGAUGGUUAGAGAGCUUCUGUCCGUCAUGGAGCAGUCACAGUUAUUUGUGAAAGAGACCAGUGGCCAAUUGGCGACAGAGGCAGGAUUCCAAGAUUUUUCACCUGAUCUCAUCAGGAACCACAUAGCCACUCUAGCAGGGGGCGUACGCAAGCAGUCAACCCUUUAGUCAGUCCUGUAUGACUUGUAUAUGGAAUUCAUAUACGUACUUUCAGUUAAUUUUGCUAUGUGAUUUGGAGACAUUAAAUUUCUUUUCCUUUUGUUGUCUCUUUUUUACAUAAAGUAAACUCCAUAUAUGUUUUCUAUGUCAGCAGUGGGAUUGGUAAUAGAGUUUCAGGUAAUCCAAGUUUGACCAGCAGGUGGCAAUCGCUGGCUAUACAAAAUGGUGAGAAACUUGGUGGUGAAGUGCAAGUGUAAAUUUUUCUGUUUAACCUUAAUUAAAUGCAUACGAUCUACUGCAUGCAAUUGUUAAGCCCAGACUGUCAGAUGUUAGAAUUUAAGAAACAGACAGAUGUUUCAGAAAACUUUGCCAGCAUCCUAUGUAGCAAGGUUAUUGGUUUUAUAUUCUUCUAUAGCUUGUAUACACUCACCUGCCACUUUAUUACAAUUGUAUGCAAUUCAGUGCAACAAUUCUGCAUUAGCAUCUGUGUUUAUGAAGCUCAGAAUGUUUCAGUUUUUGGUUAAAUUGUCAUCAAUGUAUAAAUCCAAUUCUGUGUUUAUUAUUGAGCCCAUAAUUAAAGUGGUGUUAUACUGGACUGCAUUAUUUUUUACAGGUGUCUAUAUUUUUAUCCUCCCCAGCCACAUACAUGAGAGGUUCCAGUGCAACACCACCUUUAACU